UCUGUGUCAUCUCAGUUUGUUUCUGCAAUGUGUAGCCCACAUCAACCAUGGGACCUUGGAGAUGUAAAUUAAAACCUGCCACCAUUACCUUUAUUUAUUAAAAACUAAAUCACCCAAAUGAAAGAGCUAACACUUGUUGGUUGGUUUGUUCCCUCCCUUCCCCAGAUCCUGUCUCUACAGGUAGCAAUAAUGGUUCCUCUGCUGUUUCUGCUGUUCUUUGGAUAUAUCCUUUCAAUUCCUGGCUGUCCCCAGAAGUGCUUUUGUAUCCGCUCUUUAACAGAUUGCCAGCAUGCCAAUCUAGAUGAAGUUCCUCCUGAUUUUGACCAAAAAACAGAAACAUUGAUCUUGAAUGAAAACUGUCUACGUCUCAUUCCACGAGGAGCCUUUCAGAACUUCCAGAAUCUAACUUUCCUUGGUUUAGCUCACAACAAGCUCUUGCUUCAGAAUGAUUCUUUUGAAGAUAUCAGCAACAGCAUCCUCUCUUUGGAUCUCUCUGGAAACAGCUUCACAGACCUGCCAUCAAAAUUGUUCAAGAACACAAAGAAACUUGUUUGGUUAAACUUAGCCGAUAACAGACUAGAUCUUCUGGACAUCAACAUUUUCAGCACCUUAGAAAAACUCACUUACCUGGACCUCUCCAAUAACAGACUGCAGAAGCUUACAUCCAUGUUUGUAGGUCUCUCUCAGCUUGAUACCUUGAUGCUGGCUAGUAACUAUCUCCACACCAUACCACAAGGAGUUUUUGAUUCUACUCCUAAACUUAAGAUCCUUGAUCUGUCACACAACAAAAUAAGCCAUUUGCCCAAGUGUUUAUUUAACAGCACAAUGAAUCUCAAUGACUUGCUUCUUGAUGAUAAUAAUUUUACAGUGAUACCACGUGCUGUAUUCACAGUCUUCCACAACCUAGAGCAUUUCUCAAUUUCUAAAAAUAGAAUCCAAAAUGUUUUACCAUUUGUGUUUGUUAGCAAGUUAAGAAAACUUGACCUAUCUAAUAAUUUACUCUCAGUGCUGCCUUGUGAUUUCCUUUCAGGUCUGAAGCAGCUGGAAGUUCUCAAUUUAUCUUUAAAUUGUUUUGGAAAUUUUCCCAGCAAUCUAUUCAUAAAUAAUACUAAGCUAGCAUUUCUGCAUUUGGAUAAAACCUGUCUCAGCACUUUACCCAUUGUUUCACGCCUUCGAAAUAUGAGUGAGCUGACACUGUGCUGUAAUGCCAUAAAAAACUUGCCAAGAAAAUUCACAGACAAUAUGGUCAAUUUGAAACUGUUGGAUCUCUCCAAUAACAACAUCACAAAAAUAGAGGAUGGUGCACUUAAGAUGAAUCCUAAUCUCACAAAAGUAGUUUUGACUGGGAAUCCAGUUUUUACAACUGAAAGAAUUAAUUACACUUUCAAAGGGUCAGACUGAAGAGUAUACAUUAAAAGAAGAUACUAGAAUAACUGUAUCAGGAAAUGCUUUCUGCUACCUUAAUUAAAAAUGUAAUGUACAUAUUACAAGAAAUGUAAUUAUUUCUGAGCUACAAGUACUAUCUUCUAA